AUGGACCUGUCUCACCUGGAGUCCAGCCUCACUGGCCAGAAUUCGGAGCCUGCCGGCCUCGGCUGCAGCUCCACCAACCCCAACUGUUUCUCCACAAACCAAGGACCAGACUCUCUUUACCAAGAACUGGACCUGGAUUCCCUGGAUGAAGAUCUUUCCCUGUCUAUUGUAGAGGCCACGACAGAGACCCCGGCAUCCACACACGAAUCCCACGCAGCUUCAGAACCAGAGCUGACGGAGGCUGAGCAAAUGGAGCUCAAAACUGAGCUCACUAAACUAGAGGAAGAGAUCUCCACCUUACGUGACGUGCUAGCAACCAAGGAGAAGCGGUGCAGCGAACUCAGGAGGAAGUUAGGCUGCGCGGCCUUGGUGGGACUGAGGCACAACCUUUCCAAGAGCUGGCAUGAAGUUCAGGCCUCCAACACCUACAUGAGGCAGAAGACGUCAACUGCCCUGUCCUUGGUGGGCUCUGCCAUCUGCAGGAAACUUGAAGACAUGAAGAAGUCGUCCACCUUCAGAUCUCUUGAAGGACUGAUGGGGACCGUCAAGUCAAGAGUUGCAGGCGGCAGGGAGCUUGGCAGUGGCCUUCUUUCUUCACCAGCGAGUGGCAAUGAUCCGCAGUCGCUUCCGGGGAGUGGAUUUGAAACUGUUCCAGAACUUGGCGAUCAACUGCUUGCUUCCGUCCUGAAGCCACAGUAA